AAGAACUCUGUGUCCAGAUUGAGCAUUUUUUACACAUUGCAGCAAAUUUUCGUUUGUUAAUUUGCUGAAUAGCAGAAGAAGAAGGAGCAUUUAAACGAAAACAUUUAGCAAAAUAAAAGAUGAACGAAGUUGUCCAUGGUGAAGCCUCAGAAUCAGAAGAUGAAGCCUUAAAUAUUAACCAAACAAAAAUAAUUUUGGCUUCAGAGGUCACGGGUGAAGCUUCUGAAUCAGAUGAAGAUGUUUAUGAUAAAAAUUUGAACACAGCAGCUGGGAACGACGCCAAUAUAGAUUGUUUGUAUAAAAAUAAUUUACUACAAAGAAAAUUAAUAGAGACCAAUGUUUGCAUGUGGCGUAGUUUAAAUAACUUUGUUAAGAGUUUGGUGACUACGGCCUCAAAACAGUUGCUUAAUACUGAUCAAUUACUUAUUAAAUCUCAAGUGACAAUGCAAGCAGUGCAGUCGUCAUUAAAAGUGGCUCAGAAUAAUAUGAAACAAUUACACGAUAAAUGUGAUGAUGUAUUUACAGCAAAUUUUAUCCCCAAUAUAAAAGUUGAGCAAUAAGAAAAUAUUACAUUAAUGAAAGUUUCGUUUAUAAACAUAUCAAA